AUGGCAGAACUGUCUGACAAGCUUCAAGCAAGUAUUACAGCACAGAUCCACACACUCACCACCGACCUCCGCAAAGAACUCCUGGAAAUAGGGAGCAGGACGGCCCACGUGGAGAAAUCGCUACACGACUUCGCUGUGGCACACAAUAGCCUGGCGGACAGAUUACAGGAGCUGGAGACCUCCCUGGAAGCGCAAAAAUGCAAGGUAGCAGACCUGGAUGAUAGAUCCAGGAGGAACAACCUCCGUUUCAGGGGAAUACCGGAAUCCAUUCACAAUACAGAACAGAACAAGUAUCUGACCAACCUGUUCCAAGAAUUAACUCCAUCUACACACCCUGACCUCCUGGCAAUCGACAGAGCCCACCGCCUGCGCAGGCCAAACCACCUACCCACCACAACCGCAAGAGAUGUUAUAGCUCGCAUUCACUUCUACCAUGUGAAAGAGCACAUCACAAAGGCCUGCAGAAACGCAGCCCUUCCCGAGCCAUAUUCCAGCAUCAAAAUCUUCGCGGAUCUAUCUGCCACCACGCUGCAAUUCCGAAAAUCGAUGACCCAAGUUACAACCACCCUCAGAUCCAACGACAUUGGCUACUGA